AUGCUGCCUCAAGAUGAAAGAAAGAGGAUGGUUUUCAAGCUGUUUACUGCAUUGAAGAAUUCAAAUAUAUUUCCUGGGUAUGACAUGGGGCAGAUUAAGGAAGCAGCAAUUAGAGCUGAGCAAAGGAUAUUUGAAGAGAGUAAAACCAAAGACGAGUAUGUGAAAGGGAUGGAUGAAAGAUUCAAAAGAAUAGAAAAGGCAGCUAGUGAAGGGAGGAGGGAUCAUCGGUAUGAGCAGAAACAAGAAACACCGUGCUCAGUAUCAGAUUCAUGGGCAGGUAGAGUUGCAGGGUCUAGUUUCCAGGAGUUAAAUAUGCAUAAUAGCUAUGAAGGUGAUGGGAUGUUUUCAGGUAGUGCAGCGUCUGAGUCUGGUGUUUUGGGCAGCAUGCAGAAUGGAAAUCAGGACUGGUUUGGAUCUAUUAGAAAUGCAAAUAUGCAAAUGCAUGAAGAAUACGGAAUUCUAAAGGAUGGUAUGCCUCAGAAAUAUAUUUCACAAGAGAUGGGAAGUGUAAGACAUAGAUCUAAUUCCUGUACGAUUCAAAAAACAGUGCAUAAAUCGUAUGGAACAGGGGCUCAAGAGUUUGGGGCUGGGUUCCAGUAUGCAAUGAACUUUUCGGGAGAUUUAGCUGGCAAUGAUAAGCUUCGGAAUAGCCAUGAGAAUAUACAGCACAUAAAUGAAGAAAGGAGGAUGAGUGCAGCAUUUGAGCAACAGCCUUCAUCAAAUGGAUAUUGUAGAGAAGGAGCAUAUAUGGCUAUGCAGAAUGAAGUAGAUAGAAAUCAAGAAUAUUUGAAAUACAACAUGAAAUCAGGUGAAUGCAGAUCAAAGAGCGAAGUUUUUAUUAAGCCACCGAUUAUGAGAAAUGAAGAAAAGGGCAUUAUGCUAAAUCCAAACUACUUGCAUGCAGGAAAGUAUUUUAUACCACAAAAGCAUUCUGAACAGCGCAUGCAUCUGCAGAAUAACAUGUACGCAUCACAAAUGAGAGCUGGUAGCAAUUGCACAUCAUCAGGCUAUACUACAAAUAAUCGCAUGCAUUCCAAUAUGAUGAAUGGCAAUCAGGGUAUUUUUCAAGAAUCAACCCUAAGCUCGAAUUCGUAUCAGAAUCGUAGAGGAAGGGGAGCAAACACAUUUUUGGCAAGCUCUUCAAAUGGCACGAGCUCGAUGGCAGACGGAUGGAUGGGAUUUUCGUCUGUAUUUGGUAGCAAAGCAAAUGUAAAUGGCAGAAAGCAUGUAGGCGGAGAAAGGGGAAUGAAGUCUUCGCCGAUAUUUUUUAGUCAGCAGGUACAGCAUCAGCAAUACUAUGGCAAUCCGCAAAAAUACGGAGAAACAGGGCCUAUGCAUACAAAUUCGAGGCCAUCAAUGACUAUGGACUUAUCACAGAGAUUUGAAAAACAGCUUGGGCAGAUGGAUAUAUUUGAUGAUAGCCGUACAAGACUUAAUGAAAGCAUGCACAAAACAGAUUAUUACUUUAAUGGAAUAUCUAAAGGAAUGGAAAUGCCAGGCGUGAAGUCAGAGAGGAAUGCAGAAUAUAUCAACAUGCAGAGUGGUGUUGAUACGGAUGCCUCAUAUGCCGAGACGGGCCUAGAUAAUCCUUUCAAGCUCGAUUAUUUGCAAUCAAAUAUGAACAAUCCACAUUCUGGAAGCAAGGUGCUACAUUACAGCAGAGACUCAAGAGAUUGCUCAUCUUCGGGGGUUUCUAACUACGGAAACCAGUAUACAAGCAUCAAUAACUCAAAUCCAGGAUGCAAAAAUGAUUCACUUGAUUGCAAUGCAUCACCAAAGUUGCAGGCCAGCACAAAUGGCCCUGGCUAUGCUGCGAAUGAAGAACAUAAGAAAGAAUUGCCACCAGAGGAUUUGGCUGAUAUUGAUGAAUUUAUGAAUUCAAACGGGCUAAAGAAAGUGCCUCUUAAUAGCUUAGAGAUAUUGAAUAUGGAAUUAAAGCUUGAGAAAGGCGUAAAUGCAAUCAGCAGAUCUCUUAAGAUAUACAGCAGCUUUGAGGAUGCUUUUCCUAAAUCAAAACUAAAAGCAAAGUAUAAGCAUGCCAAAACGCUUAUCGAAAAACAAAUCGAAUGCAUGAAAUACAAUAUUUAUUUCUUGAAAAUCCGUAAUGUAGAUGGACUUAUUGAUCAAAUCAACUCCUUGAUAGUUGACAUGAGCCACGAGUUAAGAUCAACAAAUGAUAACACAACCAUAAUUAAUUAUGGCGAUUGCCUUAGAGAUGCUUUGAAGGCUUAUUCAGAAAAGAAAAAAAGACUAAACGCAUUCGGAUUAAAUUUGAUUGAGAAGAAUAAAAAUUGA